GCCCUCCCUCACUCCUCGUUCUUGCUCCCCAGUUCUAUGAGUGCAGCGAGUGUUUGUUUGUUUGUUUGUGUGGUGGGUGCAUGCUCUUCGUUUGCUCCAUGCCUCCGUGGAGAAUGGCAUUGCAGGUAGGCAUAUAUCCGCUUCUCGUGUGUGGACGCGUUUCUUUCUCCCUGUCUGAGGGGGGGUUGACUGACUGACUGACUGACUCAUCUUAUCAUCCUUCUUGUCCAUGUGAUGUCUUGUGGCUGUGUGUGGGUGUGUGUGCCGCGGUAUGGCAAUCGCAUGAUGCACACACGUCUGUCCGUUCGCCCACACGUCAUGGACAAUUGAUGCGGUGUUUCUCACCGCAUCGAUCGCAUCGCCCCGCACCGCAUGGCAUCAGGAGUGAGUGCGCGUCAGUUUUAUAGAGGAGGGAGGCCUGACCGAGGACUCUUAUCUAUCUGUGUAUGUAUGUCUGUGUGUGUGCCUGCUGAUGGGACGGAGUCUGUCUGUCUGUCUUUUCUCAUCAUUGCGUCCGUGCGGCGUGCGCGUGCUUGCGUUGACUGACACACACACACACACACAUGCAGUGUGAUGCUAUGCUAUCUAUGUAUCCCGUCCGUCCGUCCGUCCACCACCUACCCACCCCUGCAUCGCGUCCAUCAACUCCCCUCCCUCCCUCCUUUCCCUCCCUCUACCGUACCCAGCUUAUGUAUCACGUCCACUUCAUGUGAUGUGCGCGUUGUGUGUGGAGGUUUAUUUGGUCAAGACACAGACAGACAGACAGACACUACGUGCGCAUCGGCUUUGCGUGCAGGUGCUAUCGACUACUCUAUACAGGGAUGUGGGCUGGUGGGUCAAAAGGGCUUCGGUCGAGAUCGCCGGGCUCCUUAGUUGCAGCUCAGUUUCUGAGCCGAAGGCAGCGCUCAGUUUCUGAGCAAGUUGCGAGCUCUGACAAUUCAAGCCAAAGUCCCCCCUUCCCUGGAAGAUGUCGUCGGUUGCAGCUCCGUUUGUGGUCUCGUCGACAGAGGCGCGACGCCUCAUCGCCAUACAAGGUACACACACCUCUCCAUCUCGCGUGUUGUCUUAUGCCGCAUCGGCCGCCGUCCCGUCAACCCAUCUCCCUAUGUGUGUGUGUGCAGGUGGGCGUGUGACCGAUGACUCGCAGUGGUCCAAGCUCAUCCCGCCUCUGAUCGAGACGCUCUGCGGCAAGAUCUCCGAGGCCAGCCUGUGGCCAAAAGUCAGCGGACCGCUGAUGAAUCUGAUGGAGAGCGGCGACAUAUCUGCCAAGGACUGCAGCGACAUGAAAUGGUCAGGCAGCAAGUCAAGUCAGCUUGACGCCGCACGCACCGCACACAGCUGGAGAGAUCUGCGAAUGAAUGCCAUCUGUUCGGCUGUGGUUGUGUUCUGUGUACCUGAUCAGGUGGAUAGCCUACCCCGUCGACGAGACCGCGGAGGCUCCUGAGGGCACCGAGCUGAUCGAGCUGCCCGCGCUCAAGUGUGAUUGAUGCACAGAUGCACAUGCACACGCAUCGCGUUGGCUGCACGUGCAGCCGCUGACUGACACUGGCGUGACGUGACGUGAUUGCUGUGUGUCAGGUGCGCCAAGUGGACGUACACCGGUCCUUACUCAGGUCUGGCAGAGAUGUGGGAGGCCAGUGUCAACCAGCUCAUGGAUGACGGGCAUCUCAAGAUGGGCAAAUGCAUGGCAGAGGUGCGUCCGUCCCACACGCCGACACGCACACGCACCUGAGCCGCUGUCCUGUCCUGUCUUGUCUUGUCUUGUCUUGUCUUGUCUUGUCUUGUGCUGUGACGACGAACCAGGAGUACAUUGACGACCCCUGCAAGACGCCCGAGGACAAGCUCCGCACGCUGAUAUGGAUCCAGAUCGAAUGAGUCAACCAAGGAGCGAUGCAGACAUUCCCACAUGACGCUUUGGGUGGACAGGGGCAGGCAGGCAGGCAGGC